AGACAAUGAAGGCCUCUUGCACAAAACCAGUGUUGGUCACUUGUACAAUCCUUCUCUUGCUCAUUGUUGCUCAAGAAAGCAGAGUCGCUGCAGUAGAGCAAUGUAACCCUAUGCAGCUUAUGCCAUGCAAGGACGCCAUACUCAAUGGCUCUAACCCCUCAAAUAUCUGUUGCGCCAAGUUGAAGGAGCAACAACACUGUGUCUGCCAGUACAUGAGGAACCCAAAUUUCAAAUCUUUCUUUAACUCACCAAAUGCGAAAAUGGUCGCCACUCAUUGUCAGUGUCAACCCAAGUGCUAGUCUCCCUUCUCGUUUUCUCUCUUCAACCACGUUCUUAUUGCUUUAAAUUGAUUUGGUUGUCAUUGUCGUUUAUGUAUUAAGCUAAACUCAUCUUGUUCUUCUUCAAGUUUACUACUUUUUAGCUUUGGUUUAUGUUUCUUCUUCAAGUGUUUGUUAAAUCAAUUUUCCAAGUCCAGUGUAAUCCCACGAGUGUGAUCUUGCUUAAUUCUAUGCCAUAGUCUCUGAUUUCAUUGUUU